GUGUGUACGCGCACGCGCACGCGCAUCUCUGCGUGGAAAGCGAAUCGAGAUACAGUAGUGACCCGGAGUGAGCUGGCAGUCUUAUUCCACAUCGACACCGCGUCCGUCCCAUCUGCCGCCGCGAAUGAGCGCACUUGAGGAGUGAAAGACACGCGAUAAGUCAAGAUGGCAUCUGCUCGCAGCCGUGGACACUCUGUGGUCUAGCCUCUUCUGUUCUCCUUCCACCCACGGAGCGCGAGGGGGGACCGAGCGAGCGUGCAAGGCGAUAGUAACUAAGUUGCUCGUUGCUGGCACUGCGCUGCUUCAGAAUAGCAACAAAGGACGAGAGCGCGCAUUCAUGGGACGCGACUUUGACAGCUCUUCGUUUCUCGUCUUAUAACCUUAUUACCUGGCUGCCGGGGACGUUGGGACGUUGCGACUGGAGCGGGAGAUAAUGGCCGAGGCUCCGCUCCCGGACCCGCUGCCGGACUUGGACGUGGCCAUCGACCCGGACUUCGAGCCCCAGAAGCGGCCCCGGUCGUGCACCUGGCCGCUGCCGCGGCCGGACUCGAGCGCGGCCAAGCCGGAGGGCAACGACGCGGACAUCAUCCCCGAGGAGGAGGAUGAUGAAGAGGACGGCGCCGCCGCGACGGCCGGCGGCGUCCGCGGCUCGGGCGCGGCGGCGGAGGACCAGAGCAGCAGCAGCCCUCUCGCCGACGGAGCGCUCUCGUCCCCCGGGCACGAGAGCGGAGGCUCGCCGCUCUCCACGCACUCCCCCACGGCCGCCUCCGGCGCGCUGACGCCCGGCGGCCUCGCCGCGCAGCAGACCCCGAGGAAGGCGUCGUCUCGCCGCAACGCCUGGGGAAACCUGUCGUACGCCGACCUGAUCACCAAAGCCAUCGAGAGCGCGCCGGACAAGCGGCUGACGCUGUCCCAGAUCUACGACUGGAUGGUGAGGUCCAUCCCCUACUUCAAAGACAAAGGCGACAGCAACAGCUCCGCGGGAUGGAAGAACUCCAUCCGGCACAAUCUUUCCCUUCACAGCCGCUUCAUCCGUGUCCAGAACGAGGGAACGGGGAAGAGUUCCUGGUGGAUGAUCAACCCGGAGGGAGGAAAGGGCGGCAAGGCCCCUCGCCGCCGCGCGGUCUCCAUGGACAACAGCAACAAGUACACCAAGUCGGCCCGCGGCCGCGCUGCCAAGAAGAAGGCCGCCCUGCAGGCAGCAGCAGCCGCAGCCGGUGAGGGGGGCGGCGACAGUCCGUCGGGUCUCUCCAAGUGGCCCGGGAGCCCGACGUCGCGCAGCAGCGAGGAGCUGGACACCUGGACGGACUUCCGCUCCCGCACCAAUUCCAACGCCAGCACUCUGAGCGGCCGCCUCUCGCCCAUUCUGGCCAACCCCGAGCUUGACGAGGUGCCGGAUGACGAGCCCCCUCUCUCACCCAUGUUCUACUCCAGCCCCGGCAGAGCGCUGUCUCCCAGCAACCCUCCCAACAAUGGGAAGGCCGUGCCUACCGAGCUACCCCGCCUGGCAGACCUGGCCGGUACAAUGAAUCUGAACGACGGACUCACAGAUGAGCUGAUGGAUGAGUUGCUAGAUAACAUCAACCUGGUGCCAACCACUUCCAGUCAGACUGCUCCAAAUGGUUCCUCAGGGUUCAGUUUUGGGUCCAAAGCCAAUGGGCUGGGCUCACCGUCCUCCUCCACCUCCUCCUCCUCCCCGUCGUCUAACUCUUCGUCUAACAGCGGAGGUAACGGCUACAGUAACUCCAUUUUUGGCUCUCACACAACGGCCUCUCUGCGUCCGUCCCCCAUGCAGACCAUCCAGGAGAACAAGCAGACAUCCUUCUCCAGCAUCAGCAUGUCUCGCUUUGGCAGCCAGACACUACAGGACCUGCUCAACUCGGACAGCCACAGCCACAGCGAUGUCAUGAUGACCCAGUCGGACCCGCUGAUGUCGCAGGCUAGCGCAGCCGCCAUUAUUUCCCAGAACUCUCGCCGUGGCCUCAUGCUCCGCAACGAUCCCAUUAUGACCUUUGGGACCACGGGAGGACUCCAAGGCAACCAAGGCCCAAUGCUGCAAAGUAAUAACCACAACCAGAGCUCCUUGAGAUCUAUAAACGGAGGCCUAAACCUAGCAAAUGACGCUAAUACUGUGGCUAAUGCCAAACAGCAACUCCUGCUCUCACCCUUAGGAGGAAAUGGGUCCUCCAUGCAGAUCGACACCUCCAUCUUCCUGAACGGGACGGUCAGCAGCAGUGGAGGGGUCUGUCAGGACCGUUUUCCAACAGACCUGGAUCUAGACAUGUUCAACGGCAGCCUGGAGUGUGACAUGGACUCCAUCAUCAGGAACGACCUGAUGGACGCGGACGGCCUGGACUUUAACUUUGACUCUCUGGCCAAUAUGAACGGAGUUGGCAACUUCGCGAGCACCAAGCAGACCUCUCAGAGCUGGGUACCCGGCUGAGCGGGUCAGGCCAGGGAGGCGCAGUGCAGGUUUGACCUGUGUAGAAGAUCCCUCACACAACAUCCUUUUUGCCAAACCUGCCAUCAGCACAACGUACAAACAAACCCUGUGUUUACAGAAGAAAACUUCCUCUACAGAGCUUUACCUUUGCUCCCAGACUGGUGAACCGCAAAUGACCCGACAAGACGCUCAAGACGCUGCGCUUGAGCCCUCGAAGCCUCCUGGGAAACAGCAACCCAGACAACAAAACGAAAGCAACGUUAAACAAUCACAGCAAACUCACAAAUCUUAGAAUUAUGCAAUUUUUUCCUUUGACAUUCAUUCUGUUGAUAUCAAAGAGACACUGCGUAUCAGAAGGGGCUUCAACUUGAAUACAAGGACUAAAUAUCUAGCAAAAACAAAAAAACGAGAGUUGUUCCCACUGAAGACUAAUAACAGACAAAAGUGUAAAGACUUGAUGUGGUGUAUAUCUAAUACAGUGGUUUCCUGGGAUGUGGUAUGUUAAAACAAAAAUCCCUCUGUUCUCAGUUAGCAAUUUUAAAUGUUAUGUGAUUUUUCUGUUUUGUUAUAAUUGUUUCUGUAUCAUAAAUGUCUAUACAAAAGGAAUUGGUGUAUUGAUCCAAUGAAAAGAUGGAAAUGGACUUUCUUACUCACUUGGCAGCCAAGUAUAACAUUAAAGUAACAUACAGACACUUUCACGAAUUUGCAAAAUGCAACACCCUCUUAACAAUUUCCGACUCCCCCAGUUUUGUUCUUAUAGACUGCUUAAAUUUGAAUUAUAAAUAGCUAUAAAAUGUGUUUUUCCCUUGUAAAUUCCCCCAAAAAUGAGUAAAUGAAGAAAUUUGUCAUGGACAUUUAUAGUUCAGGGCAGUGGGGAGUUCGAUAGGAAGGCGCUUAGAGCUCGUCUGACUUUAUUCUUACUCUUCUGUUGAGGUUGUUUAUCACAGCAUAUGAUGUAGCCAAAAAGGAAAACCUGUGUCCUAGGGUUGUGACCAUUUCCACACCAUUAACAGGUGCUAUGUAAACAGUGUUGAAUCCUGGCCCGAGAGCAAGCCGUGCAUUUUGAUAGUGUAUUCUUGUGUUGUUCCUACCCACGACCUGCAGAAGCCCAAAGCUGCAGCCACUUGUAGCACAGCAAGAUGGAACUUGUAGACGGCGGGUGAUGGCGGCGGCGGCGGCGGUGGCGGCUGGGGGAAACGGCGGCUUGAGGCUCGUUCCUCCAGAAGCCGCUUGCUUCUCGAGUAAAACAAUAAGCUAUCUGUGUAUAUUGCCAAAUUACUUGAAACAAACAGUAGGAUAUGCUGGCAGCCAAAUCACAGCACAUACAUGCACAUACACACACAUAUUACACACGUACGUAGAUAGAAAAAAAUAAUAAUACCAGGGAUCUGUGUUAAGCUCUGCUGUUUUCUUGUUAGGAGCUUGUGGGGCUUGUUAUGCAUAUAUAGAAUCACUCAGGGGGCAAAAGGGAGGCUUCCCGUCUAAGUAACAUCGAGUCAUAUUAUAAUGGUGUUUUAACAUUUCUUGAUAACGACAGUAAUGUUUUGUGUUUGUGAACUUGUAAUCUGUGAACUUUUGGCUGUCACGAAGACAAGGAAGAAGAAGGAAGAUAAAUGUCCGGAUUAAGACUUUGUGCCGUCUGUUAUUUUUGGUUUUGCUGUCAUAGCGUUUUGUUUCCUCUCGUAGGACUCGUGACACGCAUACACACAUCCCCACAUGGACACGCCUGGUGCUCCUGCAAGUGACUUCCUGUAUCUCCCGAGUACAUGUCAGUGUGUGUGUGUGUGUGUGUGUGUAUUUCUAUUGAAUUUAUCUCCCUCACGGUGCACCCAGCACAGCCAGUUAUAUGCAUGUACGUAUUUAUGCAUUAUGAAUUGUGUGAAAUGCAUAUAUACUUGCUGUAUGUCCUUAUAUACUCAUGUAGUACUUGACCCCUGGAUUUUGUGUACCUCCGAAGGUAAAGUCGAAGAAAUAAUGAACAAAGGUGAGCACCAGGGAUGAGGGAACACUGUUACCAGCGAUUUCAUUGUUAAACCAGAUUUCGAAAAUGGUGGAAAGCACCAUUGUUGUAGCAUCUGAAGACCCUGGUACCCUUUCUCUAUCUGGGGUAGCAGCGUGACGCAUAUGCCCCACUGUGUAUAAUAGUGUACAGAUGUGUGUAUACCACUUUGAGGCCAAGGCAGAGGUGUGCGUGUGUGCAUGGGCGACUAGAUUGAUCUACUGUGCUAUGGGAGGUUUAGUGCAUGUAGCUGUAACCAGCCCCUCGCCCUGGAUCCUCCCAAUGGUGCCGUCCCUCUACAGAAAUUGUAACGCAGACAACCCUGUGUCUUUAACACUCACACACACACACUAUGUUUCUAUUUUUUUAAAUCAGGGCUUUCAGAGCAGCAUUUGCACCACCCUCUCGCAUAAUGGCUUCAUUCUAAAAAGUGUGUGUAGACUGUCGCAGACACAGGGGGAGCUUCCUCAGUGGAUGUUCCUCGGCUUCACACGUGAUUUAUUGCAUGUACAGUACAGUAGGUUCACAUCACGGUGCUCGCAGCCAGCGGUUAGGUUAUGACUUUGAUGUGGCGGAAGCAUCACCUGACAACGAGCUGUAACUUCCCACACCUCGUCACCGAUGGUGUGUCGUCACGUUGCUUUUCGACAGGAAUCCGGAGCCGUUGCCUGAACCGCUACACUGACUACACUCUGGAUCUGGAACUUUGGGGUCAUAGGUUACGCUUAGUCACAGUAGAGAGGAGAAUUCACACAACCCCUAGGCGGCCUGCCUCGUUCAGGCAUUGAUUUCUUUUUAUCUCCUGCCCAACACACACACACACCUGCAGAGCAACACAUGCAAUUUUCUAGCUAGGUAAAGCAAAAAAAAUGAAAGAGACACACCGUUAGAAACCUUUAUCACCUCUCAAGUGUCUCCUUUUCAUUCUCUUUUCUUGGACCCGCCCAUUCUUUUUAAGAGGCCCAGGCCAGCUCCCAUCUAUGAACCUUGCCCUUUAUUAUCUUGCUUCUUCUCAAUUUGAUGUUAGUGGGUAUUUUUCCUGUGUAUUCCAUUUUGAAUUGUAAUCUAGUUUGUAUAAGAAAUGGUGCGCAUGUAAAUAAAGCUUGGUAAGGCUUCA